CUGUGCUUCCAUCGAGCGAGCAAGAGCGAGCGAGGGCGCAGGCAUAGGCACGCUAUGGUGGAUAUAGCUACAAUACUGUAGCAUGAAGGGUCGUUUACAGGAUCCACACAUCCUGAUACAGCCACAAGGAGCACACAUGAUAGUGCUGGAGCACUGAAUCAAUUAACCUUCUCUGGCUCUCUUCCAGCCAAACCCCCACUCAUUUACCUCCCUGCUUUUCAAGCGCUGGAGCUGGAUACACUGGAAUGAGUCGAUCAACAAACGAGGGUAGCAGCAGACCAAAAGCUUUGCUAAUCAACAAAGGGAAAACUGCACAAGGACCCUGCUAACCGCUUAAGUAAAAACAUCAGAAGAAUGGAAGAAAAAGGACAGCAAAAAAAAGAACACAACCGUAUUUCUGUCUUUUUUCAAUGUGGCAAGAAAGAUUCUUCUCCUCCAUUCAAGAGUUGGAGAAAAUACCCGGAAAGCAGUGAAAAAAAUCUUAUCUUAAAAUCCACCGUGUGAUGAAAAAGAAAAUGACAAAGGAUCUUGCUGGGUGCAAAGUGAACUCUACUAAAAUGCAAGAGAAAAAGCUAUUGAACUGUCUCCUAGAAUCUUCUGAAACCUGGACCUUGCUAUAAAGGGGAGACCAAACCACUGAACCCCACCAACCAGGGAUGGACACAAGACAGGACUUUCAUUUUUAAGACUUAAUCACGCCCAGCAAAGCACAGGAUAAAAAAUUUGGAUACCACCUUGGACAUGGUUACUGUAUCUCAAAAUAGCAGAUGACCAGUCUACCAUACUGACCAUGCUGGCCUUUCUUCAGGACCAUCCUGGACCACAGAGGAACAGUGAACUCUUACACCGUAUGCAAUUACUGCGCAAAACACAGCUCCUGAAUACAUUCUGCUGGACACAAAAAUGUCCUACCCUUUGCAUUUCUUGAACGGGUCUGGAGUUGGCAAUGGAUCUUUGUCGCCUCUCUCAGUAACAGCAGAACCCAAGCAGGACUCCCCAAGUGACGAACAAGGAAACAAAGUGCGCUGGGCAGCUUUACUGAUCCUCCUGGUGAUAAUCCCCACCAUUGGGGGGAACAUACUUGUCAUACUGGCAGUGUCUCUGGAGAAAAAGUUGCAAUAUGCUACCAACUACUUUUUGACAUCCUUGGCGGUGGCUGAUUUGCUCGUGGGUCUGUUUGUGAUGCCGAUUGCCCUUCUCAUAAUAUUAUUUGACAAUGCCUGGCCUUUUCCAACUGCCUUGUGUCCUAUCUGGCUGUUCCUUGACGUCCUCUUUUCCACAGCUUCCAUCAUGCACCUCUGUGCCAUCUCACUAGAUCGCUAUAUUGCGAUUAAAAAGCCAAUCCAGGCUAGUCAGUACAAUUCAUGGGCUACAACAAUCAUCAAAAUCAUCGUGGUUUGGCUCAUUUCAAUAGGCAUUGCUAUUCCGAUCCCUAUCAGAGGCAUUGAAGAUGGAAAUGGCAACUCUACAAAUAUCACCUGUGUCCUGAUGCCUGAUCGUUUUCAUGACUUCAUUCUGUACGGAUCAGUGGCUGCAUUCUUCAUUCCCCUCGCUAUCAUGAUAGUCACUUAUUUUCUGACAAUCCAAGUGCUACGCAAGAAGGCCUACUUGAUCAACAAGCCACCUCAGCGUUUCACUUGGUCAACAGUGUCCACAGUAUUUCAGCGUGACACAACACCUGCCUCCUCACCAGAAAAGGUGGCCAUGCUAAAUGGCUCCAGAACGGACAAGACUUUGUCCAAUGAUAUGCCUAUCUGCAGAACGUCUACGAUUGGGAGGAAGUCCAUGCAAACGAUAACCAACGAACAAAGGGCGUCAAAAGUUCUGGGGAUUGUAUUUUUUCUUUUCUUGUUGAUGUGGUGCCCAUUCUUCAUAACAAACAUAAGCUCAGUUCUGUGCAACUCCUGCAACAAAGAAGUUUUUCAAAAGCUUAUGGAGAUAUUUGUUUGGAUAGGAUAUGUAUCCUCAGGAGUGAACCCUCUUGUCUAUACACUCUUCAACAAAACAUUUAGGGAGGCUUUCAGCAGGUAUAUCACUUGCAACUAUCGGACCACAAAGCCUAUCAAGGCCCUUCGGAAGCGCUCCAGCAGGAUCUCUUUCAGAAGUUCUAUGGCAGAAAAUUCCAAGCUCUUUGUCAUGCAUGGGAUGAGAAAUGGGAUUAACCCCAUUAUGUACCAGAGCCCAAUGAGGCUGAGGAGUUCACCCAUCCAAGCGUCAUCGGCCAUUCUGCUGGAUACAUUGCUGCUCACAGAGAACGAGGUUGAUAAAACAGAAGAACAAGUCAGCUACGUAUAGUUGAACGGCAUAUCAUAUCAUAGUAUUACUGUAUGUAUUAUUCUAGGCAACUGUGCUAUAAGAGGGUAUAAAUACUAUUGUUUUCUGUUAUUUAUGCAAGCAAUAGCUUAUAAAUUUAUAUUAAUUCCCCUCUUCCAAAGUCUCCUCUACCUUAACCCCAAGCCCACAGUGGCAACCACAACUUCAUUCCAUGAGAAAUGACUAAUGCAGAACUGUAGCCUACAGGAAGAGGGAAAUAAAUAAAAGCUAAAUCAGUUUGAGUAUCUGACUUCAGUUCUCAUUAUCUUCAGUCUCUCCAAAGUACAUUUUUGUAAGAAAAGUAUCUCUGUACAAACACUACUUUAACAUUCACUCUAGCAAGAAGA